AUGGAACACGGCUCCAAAGAAGGGGACUCUGCCGGGCGGGCAGCAGGGGACGCCCCAAGGGGAGCCGCCGCCGCCGCCUCGUCCUCCGGCGGCGUGGUGGUGCAAGUGCGAGAGAAGAAGGGCCCCCUGCGCGCCGCUAUCCCCUACAUGCCGUUCCCAGUGGCCGUCUUCUGUCUGUUUCUCAACACCUUCGUGCCGGGGUUAGGGACAUUUGUGUCUGCCUUCACAGUGCUGUGUGGCGCCCGGACUGAUCUCCCCGACAGGCAUGUUUGCUGUGUGUUCUGGUUGAACAUUGCAGCAGCUCUGAUUCAGAUCCUCACGGCUAUUGUGAUGGUUGGCUGGAUCAUGAGUAUAUUUUGGGGGAUGGACAUGGUCAUUCUUGCCAUUUCACAAGCGGAGCGGAGAUGCAGAGCAGCCGAGAGUGACCUUCACUGAUCACUCAGCAGCCAAUGCCACCUUGGAGCCUCCAGCACACAGAUUUUCGGACUGGCACGACCAACACACCAGCAAGACAGGCAAGCUGUUCCCAUGGCAGGAGUGAGCCACUGACUAGGCCGAGAUGUUGCUGAGAAGGAUGGCCAUUGAGCAGGCAGCCAAUGGAAGGGGACCUGCGGACUAAGAGACGGGGCUGUUCUUACCGUUCCUUGGGUGGGGAGCACUUGGAAACAUUUCACCUUGUUUGUGACUCACGGAUGUGAAUAUCAAAGAAAUGUGAAUAUCAAAGAAAUCGUGGAGAAAUUUAUAUGUACAUGUGCAAGAAGUAAAAAGAAGUUUACUAAGAUAAGCACUUUCCUAAGAGACAACCUUGUUUAUUUCUCGGGCACAGGAGGCUUUGCGAAUGUGUGUGUUACUGGUGCUUGCUGAAGAUCAGUCUUGUGCUGCUUUUGUAAAUCCAGUGUCGUCGUUCAGGUAAUAACGUUGGCUCAGCUAUCA